CCAGACGUAGCUCAGGCCUUUCCGUGCAGCUCCUCUUUGCCUGCUUUGCGCCGCGCCGCGUAGUCACCGCACCGCAGCAUUGCCCACCAGCCAUGGCUGACCCCGGCGGGGACAACGCCGGCGGCCAGACAACACCCGCUCCACCACUAGUUCCACCGCCCGAGGCCGUCGGCGAUGUCAUACCGCCGCCAGAAUCCGACGCAGCCAUCAACGAGGGCACAAUUCCAUCCGCAUCAGCAUCAGCAUCAGCGCCGCCACCAAAAUCCGACAUGGCUGUCGGCAAUGCAGUGCCUUCUCCACAUCCACCGCCACCGAAAUCCGACAUGGCUGUCAGCGACGCAACACACCAGCAACCUCCGUCGCCACCGCCUCAGAAACCUGACAAAGCCGUCAGCGAUACGACACCUGAUCCUCCACCGCCACAGAAACCUGACACAACCGUCAGCGACACGAUGCCUUCUCCACCACCUCCACCAAAACCUGAAAUGGUUGUUGCCGAUGCAAUACCCCCUCCUCCAUCUCCAAAAUCUAACACGACCGCUGGCGAGAAGACAGCUGCCCCGCCAGUGCCACCCGAGACAAAAAUGGCAGGCCAACCACAGCCUCAUCAGCCAUCUGUACAAGCCGAAGGGAGCAAGCGUCGUCGCCAUGAAGAAGCCGAUCAGGCAUCGUUGUCAAUGCCGGCGGCGUCGGGGCCCGUGAUGAAGCCGCCUGAAACGAAGCGUCGCAAGAGUCUGUCGCGUACGGAGAGCAGCUCGCCUCCCGUAGCCGUAGGCGAAGCUGACACCACCAACGUCGUCCCUGGCUCUGCCAUGAAAACCAAGCUCCAGAACAAGUGCUGGCUCGUGAAGAACACCAUGUCAUGGUACGGCCGGCACCGCUCCCGGCCGGCGAAUGCAGGGAAGCAAGAAGACCAAGGAGCGGCGCAGACGGAUAAAGUCCAAGGUACCAAGCCUUCUCCGUCCCCGUCCCCGGGGGAGGAGAAGGAGACGGCGGAGACAAAUUCCAAGAAGCAAGACGAAAUUGAAGAAGAGAUCAAGAAGCAGCCGUCGACGACGCAACAAGUGCAGGAGGAGGAGAAAGAGGCGGCGGAGAAGAAGAAGAAGAAGCCGCACCCAAAGUGGGGGAAGGAGGAGACGCGCCUCGAGGAGAUCCUCGAGGCUGCUUGCAUCAGGCUAGUCGAGGCCGAGUACUCGAGGAGGCUCAGCAGGGAGAAGACGAAGCAGCAGCAGCAGUGCCUCCUCAGCUUCUCCGUCUUCCCGCUCGGCUCCAAGGUGAAGAAGCAGGCCGUGACGUACUGGUGGUCCACGCAGUUCGACCUGCCGCUGAAGAAGAGCCCAAGUGCCAGUGCCAGUGCCAGUGCUAGUGCGGAUCAAAUCUUCGAGGAUCUCUCCAAGGAAGGCUUCCUCGAGCCGAUCAAGAACCACUGCAGCAAGGUGAUCCACGGGUGCCGGGUGAACCCGCUGGUGCACUGGAUGGUGAAGCAUCUGGCGCGGGACAAGUACCUGGCUGACCUGGACGAACAUGGUAAUCCGGCCGUGUACCAGGGAAAGUCUCAAGUCCACUGCUUCACGGCGGACAACCGUGUUCUGCUGCAGAGGCUCCGGGAAGAAGAUGACUCCAAGGCCCAGCCCAAGCGCAACCAAACAAAGGAGCCUCCAAAGGGCACAAAAGCAGUUGAGGGUCCAUCGCAGGUCCAGCGCAAGCCCAGCAAAAUAGAAGAGCCGCCCAAGGGCACCGAAGUAGUUGGGGGCCCAUCACAGGUCCAGCGCAAGACCAGCAAAACAAAGGAGGUUCAUCAGGACGCAGAAGCUUCUGAAGGGUCAUCGAAAGCCCAUCUCAAGCCCAGCCCAACAAAGGAGCUUCCUCAGGACGCAGUAGCUGGGCGCUCGUCUCAGGAUUCACAAAAAACGACCAAACGCGAGGGAGAGGCUGCAGACGCUAAAGUGCUACUGGGAGAGUUUGAGAAGAAGCUAGUGAUCCUGAACAUCAACGCGCACGUGUACCGGCUCCCGGAGCCCCUGCUGCAGUCCAAGCUCGCGGACCGGCUGCAGGUGCUGCAGUUGGGCCAAUGGUGGAACACCGACAACGAGACGUACAUGGAGGUGGAGGCCCUGGAGACGCUGAGCGCCAUCGGUAACCUCAAGAAACUCCGGUACCUGGGCCUCCGCGGGCUCUCCAAGCUGACGCGGCUCCCGUCGGGGGUCAAGCAGCUCCAGCAGCUCGCCAUCCUCGACGCCCGUGGCUGCCAGAACCUCGUCAAGGUUCCGUCUUCGACCGUCAAGCCCCUCAAGGCGCUGACGCUCCUGGACCUCAGCGAGUGCUACAUGCUUGAGCACAUCGGCAACGGGGUCACCGCGCUCACGGAGCUCAGGGUGUUCAAGGGCUUCGUCUUCGGCGUCGGGAAGCGGCAAAGCGACGCUUGCCGCCUGCAACAUCUGGCCAAGCUGAAGAAGCUCCGGAAGCUCAGCCUCAACGUCACCACCGACGCCGACGUCGAGAAGGACGAGAUGGCGCAGCUGGGGAAGCUCACCAGCGUCACGUCGCUCACGGUGACGUGGGGCGAGUGGCCCAUCUUCUUGCUGGGCGCCGGCCCUGAAGACCAGCGGGUGAAACAGCUCCUCGAUAAGUGGACCGGCCUCGUGCUGCCGCCGGGCCUCGAGAAGCUGGACGCCCGGUGCUACCCGACCGGCGGCGAGAUGCCGGUGACGAAGUGGCUCAAAGGCAAAGAUGCUCCCAUGAAACUCAAGAAGCUGUACGUGAGAGGCGGGGAUGUGGAGAGGCUCGACAUUCCCGCAAGGAACAGCAUCGAGACCCUGCGCCUGAGGUUCCUCAACAAAUUCAGAAUGAAAUGGAACGACCUGCUCCCUGGUUUGAAGAGGAACAGCAUUAAGUCUGUGGAGGUUGUGGACAAGGAUCAAAAAGUGACCAAGAAUCUAAACAAGGGCAAUGUUCAUGAUGAUGAACAACAGAAGAAGAAAGAAGGCACGGAUCCGGAUGGUGAACAAAAGAAGAAGAAAGAGGAGUGCAUUGAUCCCCUUAGAAAGCGGAUGAAGAUACCAAGAUGUACCAUAGAUGAGAAUGGGGUGUGGGUAAGGGAUCUCAAGGAAGAAGAGUUAGAGAAGGAUGCAUCCAAAUCUGAUGCUGCUGCCAGUACCGCUGGCCAGACCGGAGAGGGCAAAGACGAUGCUGGCAAAGCACAAACAGAUGUCAAAGAAGGGAGGGCCCAUGAAAUUGUCAAAGAAGAGAAGGAUAACAAGAAAAAGGAUAAAGAAGAACAGAAUCACCCGGAAGUGCAAGAACUCAAAGAGGAUGAAAAGAAGAGAGCAUCGACUACUGCUGUCGUUGAUCAGGCUGUGGGUCCAGGGAGCCGCGCAGAUGUCAAGAAAUCAUCAGUCCUCACAUGCUGUUCUAUGUUCCACACUUCACUGAAACGUUUGAAACUUAGCGGCGGUCAAGCUCUUCGUAAGGCGCCAAGAGAGGAUGCCUCCACCAAAGCUGAAGCUGCUACCGCCGCUGCAGCCGCAGGCAUCCCAAAAUUCCCUGACAACAAGACUGGAGAACGCGAUAAUGAUGCCGGCAAAGUGCAAAAAGAAGCCAAAGAAGGGAUGGAUAACAAGAAAAAAGCAAAUGAAGAAGAACAUGGGGCACUGGUGAGGGAUGAGAAGGAUCAAAAUAAGGAAGCAUCAACUACUGCGGCUGUCAGUCCGGCUGUGCCUCCAACGAGCGACGGAGAUGGCAAGAAAGCAGCCGUGCUCAAUAAGGUCUACACAGACAAAAGAAGUGAACCUUCGAAGCCUUCUGAAGCUCCAGAUAUGGCGCCAAAGGAGGAUGCUCGCAAAGCACAAAGCUCCAAUGAUCAUGCGAACACCGAGCAAGAAGAUGAGACAGAUACCGAUGAAGACAGAGGAAACGGCCUCAACGCGGAUGAACCACAAAGAGAAACAGAAGACAAUGGCAAAGACGAAGGACAGGUAGGCGGUCGCAAGGUGUUCGACACUGUCGCUAAGCAACCUACAGCCGGGGAAGACCGAGGCGGCGGCGACGUAAGGGCCGGUGAUGCAACGAUCCCGCCAGAGCUUGAAGAGAAGACCCCUGCCAAACUGACUCCAGCAGCUGAUAAAGCACCUGCUUCUCACACAUCAACACCCCCAGUGCCGCCUGCAACUACUAGUGCUGCCCCUACACCGUCCGCCGCCGGCCAAGCUACCACGGAGCCCAAGGAACCCGGACCUGCAGGCGUCGGCGGGGCAUAUACCAGCGGCAGUACAACAUCAUAGGUGUCCGAGAUCAGAUACGAGGGGGUGUUCUCCUGACGGCCACCAUUGAUUUGGUUGCACGCGCGGGAAGUUCACAUUUGGAAGAACAAGCCAUCAUUUUUUUCUGAAAAGGGAAUGACCUGGUCUCUGCAUAGAACAGGCCAUCCUUACUUGUUCCUGGGCUCCGUUUGGCUUCUGCCUCAGCACCUCCGGACGUGUUUCUCAGCUAAAAGCACCAAAAGCACGUCCGAAGGUGCUUCUCAGCUUCAUGUGUAAACGGGAGAAGUGUUUUUGAGAUUGCUAGAAGCACCAAAAGCUGAAGCAGAAGCCCAAACAAACAGGGCCCUAGUGCUGAGUGCUGACGUGCUGCACUUCUACUAUGUGCGAGCUGCAGUUCGUUAUGUAUAUAUACAGAGACAUGGAUUCCAAAUUUGUGCACUCUAACUGUAUAUAAACCUUCAAAUGAAUAAGACGUGGAUAAAACGA